AACAUGCAUGACACAACUCCAUGAACAUAUGCUCUGGCUUGCUGUUGACCAUAUGCCCUGUUAAGAACCUACACGUUGACAAAAAGACUAAUUUAUGCAUGUGUUUUACUUAGUAAGGCCACAUAAGUCAACAUAAAGCUUGUGCAUAUAACAAUAGCAAUACAAACAUUCAAAUCAUUUAUAUGUAAGGUAACAUAUAUAACAAUUUAGUUUUAUGCCCACAUGUGCAAUAUUUAGAUUGACACAUACAAUUUGUAAUGUGCUAGUUCUAUUGGACACAUCUUGAAAUACACAAACAAUGGCUUUUGCAUGUUAUGUCGAGGCAUCCUAACAUACCAGUGAUGUAGGUGUCUGGUCUUUUUGUUUCCACAUUGGACGUAAAAUGUAUUUUUUCUCCCUUCACACUUGUUUGAGCUUUUAAUCUGGCUGAACUAAAAAAUGAAAUGAUAAUGAUAAUUUAAAAAAAAGCAAGACAAAAACGCUUUAAAUGAUAUAACAUCAUCCAAAAAUUACAUAACCCCGGGUGGAUUAUGAUUAGAGUUGGUUUCUCUCUUUUUUUUAUCCCUCAUCCUGAGAGUGUCUGUACAUGGCGUUCUGCCUCGUUUCAGAGCCUGACAGUAAAGCAGGCUACAUUUCACAGGGAUGCUGGACCUUACACAGCAAGAUAUAGCUACAAUACAUCAAAUAUGAAUGUUGCCAUAAUAACACACAGGCCCUCUUAGUAAUACUGUAAGGCGUUGGAUUGCAUUAAGACGUAUAUCCCCUGUGAACUAUCUCAUUAGACUGUUGACCUUCACACAAUACUAUCUCAUAAUAACAACUGCACAUUGUUAUGAGUGUUACAGCUGGAUCCUUUUGGGCAGCGGACUGCAGCAGAUUACCGCGAUGCUCGGAUGAAUCUGCUGACUCUCCCUGCCCCUGGAUAAAUAUAUAAAUAAAUACAACUCGCGCCUCUGCUGAGUCAUGCGUUGUACCUCGCAAUAAUGAUAGCAAUAUUGUGGGCAGUCCACCCUGGGCCUGGACGCUCUCCACGGUGUGCUGUGCGAUGCUUCACGUGUGUCAGUCAGCGUCUUUAUUCUCAUCCUGAGCUCUCGGCGACAUAACGGCAGGAGAGGAGAGAGGAGGAGAGAGGAGGAGAGGACAGGAGCCAGCUGUCUGAGGCUGCGGGAUCUGUCCUACAUCUCGCCUUAUGAUGAUUGCUGCGGCGUUUUUGGUCCUCUUACGGCCGUACAGCAUUCAAUGUGUGCUGCUGCUGUUGCUGCUUUUGCUCGGGACUAUAGCGACAAUCUUGUUUUUCUGCUGCUGGCACCGCAGGCUUCGCAAUGGAAAGCAUCCAAUAAAAUCCGUGCUCUCCGGACGCACCAAGAGCCGCGUUGGCCUCCGAUCACAUCAUUUUCGAUCAGAGGGCUUCAGGCACAGUCCACGUCAUGCAAGACGGAGCAUACAUGCUCGAGUGACAGAGGAGAAGCCCAAUCUGGUCGAGAUCCCUGAGAGCGAGCCCGAUUCAUCGUCUGGGCUCAGGAAACGCAAAGUGAAGAAGAGAGUCCUGCCAGAAUUUUACCAGUCUGUACAAGUCACCCCCACACGCAAACCUAGCUCCAGUUCGGGGAACCCUUCCCUGCACGGCUCCAUGUCUUCCUCGGCGGAUUUCUCAGACGAGGAUGAUUACAGUGUAAAAUCCGGCUCGGCAUCACCUGCACCCGGGGAUACUUUACCCUGGAACCUGCCCAGACAUGAGCGAUCCAAGAGGAAAAUCCACGGCGGAUCCGUGCUGGAUCCGGCGGAGAGAGCCGUGCUCAGGAUCGCAGAUGAAAGAGACAGAGUGCAGAAGAAGACGUUUACAAAAUGGAUAAAUCAGCACCUGAUGAAGGUACGGAAGCAUAUAAAUGACCUGUACGAAGACUUACGAGAUGGACAUAACCUGAUCUCACUGCUGGAGGUCUUGUCCGGAGACACAUUGCCUCGGGAGAGGGGGAGGAUGCGCUUCCACAGGCUCCAGAACGUACAAAUAGCACUGGAUUAUUUAAAGAGGCGGCAGGUCAAGCUUGUAAAUAUCAGGAAUGAUGACAUCACAGACGGUAACCCAAAACUGACCCUGGGAUUGAUCUGGACCAUAAUUCUGCACUUUCAGAUCUCGGAGAUCCACGUGACAGGGGAGUCCGAGGACAUGACAGCCAAGGAGAGGCUGCUGCUUUGGUCCAAGCAGAUAACAGAGGGCUACGUAGGUGUACGAUGUGACAACUUCACAACCUCCUGGAGGGAUGGGAGGCUAUUUAACGCCAUCAUUCAUAAGUACAGGCCGGACAUGGUUGACAUGAGCCGUGUGUCGACGCAGACCAACAGAUCAAACUUGGAGCACGCGUUCGGUUUAGCGGAGCAGCUGGGUGUGGCCCGACUCCUGGACCCCGAGGACGUAGACGUUCAGUCUCCGGAUGAGAAAUCAGUCAUCACGUACGUCUCAACUCUGUACGAUGCCUUCCCCAAAGUACCCGACGGCGUUGAUGGAAUCAGCCCUAAUGAUGUUGAUAUCAAAUGGGUGGAGUACCAGAACAUGAUCAAAUACCUCAGCCAGUGGAUCAAACACAAUGUGGCCAUAAUGUCCGACAGAUCAUUCCCCAACAACCCUGUGGAAAUCAAGGCACUUUACACACAGUAUCUGCAGUUUAAAGAGCAUGAAAUCCCGCAGAAAGAGAACGAGAAGACAAAAAUCAAAGAUCUGUAUAAAAUGCUCGAGAUGUGGAUCGAGUUCGGACGUAUCCAGCUGCCCCCAGGUCACCACCCAAACGACGUGGAUAAGGAAUGGGGUAAAUUAAUUGUUGCCAUGCUGGAGCGGGAGAAGAGCCUGAGGCCUGAGGUGGAAAGGCUUGAGAUGUUGCAGCAGAUCGCCAACAGGGUCCAGCGGGACUGCGUGAACGGAGAGGACAAGCUGGCGUUGGCAAGAAUCGCACUGCAGUCUGACGCAAAACGCCUCGAGUCUGGUAUUCAGUUCCUACAUGAAGCCGAGAUCGCCGGCUACCUUCUGGAGUGUGAGAACAUCCUCAGACAGCAGGUGGUGGACAUCCAGAUUCUCCUGGAUGGGAAAUUCCCCUUCGCAGAUCAACUCGUGCAAAGGGUAUCGAAGCUCCGGGACGACCUCCUCGCCCUGAGAGCCGAGUGCUCCUCCGUGUACAGCAAAGGUCGCACCCUGACGACGGAACAAACCAAAAUGAUGAUCUCGGGCAUCACACAAAGCCUGAACUCCGGCUUCUCGCAGAACAUCAACGCAAGCCUGACACCAGCCCUCACUCCUGCACUCACCCCAGGGGGUUUAGGCACCCCUGGGUCCACAUUCACCUCUAGCCUUACACCGUGCCUCACCCCGUCCUUGACCCCUGCCUUGACGCCCGGCAUGCAACCCACUUCAGUCCAGAGCUAUAUGGGUGGUGGCGGCGGCGGCAUGGACCCGGGCAGCCUCAGGCAACUGAAACACAUGCAGAUCCGCAAGCCCUUACUGAAAUCCUCACUGGCAGACCAGAACAUGACAGAGGAGGAGGUCAACAUGAAGUUUGUUCAGGACCUCCUGAACUGGGUGGAAGAGAUGCAGUUGCAGCUGGAUCGUUCAGAGUGGGGAUCAGAUUUGCCGAGCGUGGAAAUGCAUUUAGAGAACCACAAAAGCGUGCACAGAGCCAUCGAAGAAUUUCAGAUGAGUCUUAAAGAUGCCAAACUGAGUGAGAUUCAGAUGAACAUGCCCCUGAAGCUAACUUACUCAGACAAACUCAACAAACUAGAAAAGCAGUACGAGCGGCUGUUGAGCUGUUCACGAGAGCGACAGAGCCACCUGGAGAGCCUGCACGACUUCGUGUCGCAGGCGACGCAGGAGCUCAUCUGGCUGAACGAGAAGGAGGAAGAGGAGGUGGCCUUCGACUGGAGCGAUCGCAACAGCAGCAUCUCCAAGAAACGAGACUACCACGCGGACCUGAUGAGGGAGCUGGAUGAAAAGGAGGAGGCUAUCAAGUCUGUGCAGGACAAGGCAGAGCGCCUCAUGAUCAAGAGCCACCCAGCCCGGCUCACCAUUGAAGCGUACAGAGCUGCCAUGCAGACUCAGUGGAGCUGGAUCCUGCAGCUCUGCUCCUGUGUAGAACAGCAUCUCAAGGAGAACGCUGUUUACUUUGAGUUUUUCAGCGAUGCCAAAGAGUCAAUAGACUACCUUAAGAGCCUGCAAGAUGCCAUUCAGAGAAAAUACAGCUGUGAUCGUACGAGCAGCCUACACAGGCUGGAGGAUCUCAUUCAGGAGUCCAUGGAUGAGAAGGAGCAGCUUCUUCAGUACCGCAGCACUGUGGCUGGGUUAGUGGGCAGGGCCAAGAAUAUUGUGCAGCUCAAGCCCAGGAACCCGGACAGCCCUCUGAGAUCCUCCAUCCCCGUGAAAGCCAUCUGCGAUUAUCGUCAGAUAGAGAUUACCAUCUAUAAAGAGGACGAGUGCGUGUUGGCCAAUAACUCUCACCGAGCCAAGUGGAAGGUCAUCAACCCGGCAGGGAACGAGGCCAUGGUGCCCUCCGUGUGUUUCACUGUGCCCCCGCCCAACAAAGAGGCCGUUGACAUGGCUACAAGAACUGAGCAGUUGUACCAGAACGUCCUGGCGCUGUGGCACCACUCCCACAUCAACAUGAAGAGCGUGGUGUCGUGGCAUUAUCUCAUGGCCGACAUACGAGCCAUCCGCAACUGGAAUGUGUCCUCGAUAAAGACCAUGUUACCCGGUGAGCACCAGCAGGUCUUGAGCAACCUGCAGUCCCACUUCGACGAGUUCCUGGAAGACAGCGAGGAGUCCGAGGUGUUCACGGUGGCAGACUGUAACCAGCUGGAGAGAGACGUCGUGGCCUGCAAAGACUACUACCAGGAACUGCUGAGAUCUGCAGAGAGAGAGGAACACGAGGAGUCAGUCUACAAUCAUUACAUCUCAGAAAUACGCAACUUCCGGAUGCACCUGGAGGCCCACGAGGAGCACCUGAUCAGGCAGCUCCGCACACCGCUGGAGAGAGACGACCUGGAGCAGAGUCUGCAGCGCAUCGCAGAGCAUGAGAAGAAGACAGCGGAGCUGAACAAACUGAAGGAGGACCUUGACGUCAUGAAGGAGAAGUGCGAGCUGUUCCUCAGACAGGCUGCAGGUUCUCCCUCUGUGCCGACGCUCUCCUCUGAACUCACCGUCCUCGUUCAGAGCAUGAGCCAAGUGUACUCCAUGUCCUCCAUUUAUAUGGACAAACUGAAAACAGUGAGCUUGGUGGUGAAGCACAGCCAGAGUGCAGAGGCGCUCGUUAAGUCCUACGAGUCCAAACUGUACGAGGAAGACGCCAUGAACUCUGACGUCAAGUCCAUUGAGUCGGUCAUAUCAACACUUAAGCAAUGGCGGUCGGAGAUCGACGAGCAGCAGGAGGUGUUCCACGACAUGGAGGACGAGCUGCAGAAAGCACGAGUCAUCAGCGACCGCAUGUUCAAGACGCACAACGAGCGCGACUUCGACCUCGACUGGCACAAAGAGAAGGCCGAUCAGCUGAGCGAGAGAUGGCAGAACAUUCACUCUCAGAUUGACAGCAGACUUCGUGACCUGGAUGGUAUCAGCAAAUCUCUGAAACACUACAGAGACUCCUACAGUAGUCUGGAUGAAUGGGUCAGAGAAAUGGAAGCAGCACAGCUCAAGGCCCAAGAAAACAAACCCGAGGACAGCAAAGCACUGGCCGAGCUGCUGAACAAACAGAAGGUCCUUGUUGCGGAGAUUGAACACAAACAGAGCAGAAUUGAUGAGUGUCAGAAGUACUCAGAGCAGUACUCAUCUGCCGUCAAGGAUUAUGAACUCCAGCUGAUGACCUUCAGAGCGAUGGUCGACUCCCAACACAAAUCCCCUCUCAAGAAACGGAGGAUGAACAGCUCGUCUGAUGCCAUCCAGCAGGAGUUUAUGGAUCUCCGAACCCGCUACACUGCUCUAGUGACUCUCAUGACACAGUAUGUGAAGUUCGCCAGUGAAACUCUGAAGAGAACUGAAGACGAGGAGAGAUCUGUUGAUGAGGAGAAGAGGGAACAUGGUGAUAAAGUUAGCAAACUGUUGCACUGGAUGUCCAAUGUGAAACAGACCUCUAACAAUGGUGGGAAUGCUCUGAAAGAUAGCAAUGCCAACACAGACGCUCCUAAUAAGCCCCAGGUGUCAGUGGAGGAAAUGGUCACGAAGAAGGAACAGAUCGCAGAAGCACUGAGGGCCACACAAAUGAUGCUGAACAAACACAGUGACAAAAUGACAGACGAGGAAAGAGAAAAUGCCCAGGAGCAGCUGAAGGCGCUCAACCAGGCCUACAAUGAACUCUCCAGGCAUUGUUCAGAUCAGACGACCUCUGUGGAAGAGAAUUUUAAAUCCUGCAGUGAAGCAGGGCUCGAGACUGGAUCCACGAGUGGCCUGAUCGAUCGAAACACUCUCCCAGAGGCCCACCUGCAGGAGUGGAAUGAAUCAAGCAAGUGCAUAGAGAGUUCACAUGUCUCCUCCGUGUCGCUCUCUGACAUAGCAGCAGCAAGAGAGGGGGCUGCGUGUGGAGACCCGAUCAUCAAGAUGAUAGAGGUCGAACAAGGCAGUGAUGGAUUGACGGUGUCCUACACGGGGGACACGCUGACACUGGAGGGGGCGUUGAAGUGCGGUUUAAUACCUGCAUCUGUCUAUGUAGAGAUUCUUCAGAGGCAAAAGACCGGUCUGGAUGUGUUAGAGCCUGUGCAGGAGGUUGAACCAUGUGAGGUCAAUACACUGAUAUUGAAGUGCCUCAGCAGGAAUAAAUCACUGACAUCAGGGAGGGAUGUUCACACUCUGAGGUCUUGUCAUGGUGACCCAAGUGAUCAGGAGGCCGCUGAGGCGUCAGAGGACGUCGGCCAUAAGCUAAAGGUGGAUGCAGCCGUCCAGUGCGAUCUCAUGAGCUCCAGCAGCACGCUCACUGUGAUCGGAAAUCAGCAGCAGUUCAUUGGACUCGUGUUGCCCACGCUCGAGGAAAAUGUGUCCACCUCGUUCCAGUAUGACCAACGGAUCACCAGCGAUGAGUUCACCAGCAGACUGUUCCUCAAUCGGGAAAAGAUUGCAGCCUUUUACAUUCCGGAAAAUUCAGAGGUGGUCGACAUCAACUCUGCCAUUCAAGAUGGAUUCAUUGACAGCUACACAGCAGAGAUUUUAAAGUCUAUUGAAAUUCCAGACGUGUUCCCAGAUGUUGAUCGCCUGAAUGAAAAGUUUUCAUCGUGGCUUAUAUAUAAAAAACUCAUAGUUGAUGGAUGCUAUCAUGCUGCUGCUUCCUUACAAGUUGAGAACUUCCCGACUCGCACAGAGGCGAGGCAGUUAUUCAUCUCCUACCUCAUGAUAAACAGCUACAUAGAUCCUCAGUCAGGACAGAGGGUCCUGAUACUCGAUAGCGAGCUGAGAAAAAUGAUUAAAAUCUUUCUCGAAGACUCAACUUUUUCUGAGAAAAACGUAACCUCUCUGACUUUGAAUGUUGGUGACCUUUCAGAACAGGUAGACUUAGAGAGCCCGCUGCACAUAAAUGAGGAACCAGAGGAGCUGAUGACGCAACACAGCUGUGAUCCUCACAGUUUUGUUUCCUCUGUCAACGGCAGGAUUACCUUUGAUGAAAGAACGAAUGACACGGCUCUAGACGAGGAUCCUGUCGUGGAAGUUUUUAUAGAUAGUGACACUGACAUGGAUACAACUGAUGCUGGUGUAGUGGAGAAAAGCACGUGUCAGGACAAUACAAAUUGGACAAAAGCAGGUGAAUUUGCAGAGGGAAAAUGUGGAAGUAGUUUACAGUUUGAUGUUGGAGGUGGUGAUGGUGACCAUCUUGAUAUUUCAGCCGUCUCACAUCCACCAGUCUUUUCCUCCUCAUGUUCUAUAAACAGAACAAACGUUGGCUCACCAAGUAUGUUUGACUCCUGUCAUCCAACACCACCACGCUACGAUACUGACUCACUUUAUAGUGAAUCAGAAGACGCAUAUGUGACCCAAGCUGAGUAUCUGUGCUCUGACGACUUGAUGGACGAUGAGAAUGAGCAAGACUACGCCAUUCAUCUUCUGAAAGCGCAGAUGGAGGAAGGAGGUAUUUUGGACGUCACCUCAGGGAGACGUUACGACCUGGAGGCAGCUCUCAGUAAGGGCCUGGUUGACGAGCGAACGGUGCUGAAACUGCUUGACCUGCAGUCGGAUGGAACAGGAAGUGUUGUUGGUGAUGAGGAGGGCGAAACGUCAGAAAUGUCGGCGGCAGCCUCGAAUUUCGCUCUUUGUUUAAUGGAACAGCAGAGCCUAUCAAGGUCUAGCACCGCCAUCAGUAUCAGGGAAUCAGUGCAGUCUGGGUUGGUUAAAGACGAACACAUCCUCUACUCAGACCCCGAAGAAAGCUACACUCACUCCAUCUCCCGUGAUCAUAAUCUGGGCUUCAUUAACAUUAAUGAGGCUGGAAACUCUCAGCAGCUGUCUGAAAGGAAGGUAGCUGUCAUGGUGCUCGAUCUGCCUGACGAGGAGGCUGAUAACAGGGAGAUGGAGGGUGAGAAUGUGGGGAAGAUGAGUAACUACCUCUAUCAUUUCUCUCCCUCGGUUGGUGGCCACGAGUCUCUGAUGAUCUCACCCUCCCCGUGGAGUCAGGUUACUGCAGAGAGUGUGCAUCACGCUUUACUGGCAGAAGACGAUGACUCACAGGGUGUAAUCGAGAGCCGGAUGACAGAUGCAGAGGAUGUGUUUAGAGUUGUGAUAGAAAGCGCUGCUCCAACCGCACGGAGUGACAGAACCUCGGGCAUCAGUACCGAUCCAGAGGUCCAGACUCAGUACUCCACUUCAGCUAAUUACUCUAAAUCUGACAGCUCACCCCUCUAUGAAGAGUUUUUCGUUGCGGGAUAUGAUGCAGAAGCUGGAAAUCAGACAGUUAGUGAGAGUGAACUACAAAUGUCCUCAUCAAAUGGCAGUGUGUCAUCUGAGGAAAGCGGAGCGGUUAAUGAGCGAUUAAUGAGUGCGGGUCCGUCACCUCUGCGCAGCGGGCCAACUCCGAGUGGAGAUGACUCAUCGCCCAGGGAUUUGGUUGAAAGUGCCAUUAUGUCUGAUUCCAGGGGUGAUGGUAACUAUGACAACAGCAUCACAGCAGAUGACAGCUCAGAGAGUAGUUUUAGUGUUGAACCCGAGCGUAGAUGCUCUCAGAACUCACGCAUCGGUCAGAGAUCUCCACAGUCGCCUGGUGUUACAGAAGAAGGCGCUGCAACAAAUACUGUCGGUCAGAAGUGUUCGGACGUAGAAGAUUCAGAGCGAUAUGCUCCGACUAACACAAGAGUUUCUCGUGAACCGGUAGUGGCUGAUAAACAUUUGUCGGGCUCAGAUGAUGAUGAGUUAAGCACUGACGUUCUUUCCCCAGAAAGCCAACAAAAGGACGUAUUCCUAAACACCAGUAAUACAGAACAGUUUCCUCCAUCAAGAAAUGCAAGGACAAGUAAGAUAAGUGAUGAGCAAAAGGCAGAUAUUUGUGGAAAAGCAUCUGAAAUGAACGAAGGACGUUCUGAAGUGGAAAUUGGAGAAGAGUCAGAGGAAAAAAGAUUAGAUCUUGGUACUUCUGAACAUCCCCACCUAGUCACUGAUUUCCUGUCAGAUGGCAGCAUCAGACCUGAAGUUUCCUCCCUCUUACAAAAGGUGCAACCUCAAGAUCUUGAAAGCACGAUCACUGUAGUUCAGAAUCCUCCACAGCAUUUAGAGAAAGGAAGUUUCCAUGAGACAGAAACUCCUCACAGACUCAUGGAGAGCAGCCACCCAGAGCUUGAAGUCACUGCAACAAAUACCAUCAGUCAGAAAUGUCUGGAUGUAGAAGAUUCAGAGCGAUAUACUCCGACUAACACAAGAGUUUCUUUAGAACCGGUAGUGGCUGAUAAAGAUUUGUCCGGUGCAGACGAUGAGUUAAGCACUGACGUUCUGUCCACAGAGAGUCAACACAGGGACGUAUUCCUAAACAACAGUGAUACAGAGCAGUUUCCUACAUCAAGAUAUGCAAGGACAAGUGAUGAACAAAAUGCAGAUAUUUGUGGAAAAGCAUCCGAAAUGAACAAAGGACAUUCUGAAGCUGAAAUUGGAGAAGAGUCAGAGGAAAAAAGAUUAGAUCUUGGUGCUUCUGAACAUCCCCGGCUAGUCACUGAUUUCCUGUCAGAUGGCAGCAUCAGACCUGAAGUUUCCUCUCCAGCUCCAUCAGUGUUUUCUGACGCUGUGAGGACACGUGUAGACGACCAGGGGGAAACCACAGAAGGGACUGAUGUCAGUGAUUUACAAAAGGCAAAACUUAAAGAUCUUGAAAGAACUAUCACUGUAGUUCAGAAUCUUCCACAGCCUUUAGAGAAAGACGGUUCCCAUGAGACAGAAACUCCUCACAGACUCAUGGAGAGCAGCCACCCAGACCUUGAAGUCGCUGCAACAAAUACCAUCAGUCGGAAAUGUCUGGAUGUAGAAGAUUCAGAGCGAUAUACUCCGACUAACACAAGAGUUUCUUUAGAACCGGUAGUGGCUGAUAAAGAUUUUACGGUUUCAGACGAUGAGUUAAGCACUGACGUUCUGUCCCCAGGGAGCCAACACAGGGACGUAUUCCUAAACGACAGUGAUACAGAGCAGUUUCCUACAUCAAGAAAUGCAAGGACAAGUGAUGAACAAAAUGCAGAUAUUUGUGGAAAAGCAUGCGAAAUGAAUGAAGGACAGUCUGAAGCUGUAAUGGGAGAGGAGUCAGAGGAAAAAAGAUUAGAUCUUGGUGCUUCUGAACAUCCCCGGCUAGUCACUGAUUUCCUGUCAGAUGGCAGCAUCAGACCUGAAGUUUCCUCUCCAGCUCCAUCAGUGUUUUCUGACGCUGUGAGGACACGUGUAGACGACCAGGGGGAAACCACAGAAGGGACUGAUGUCAGUGAUUUACAAAAGGCACAACCUCAAGAUCUUGAAAGCACUAUCGUUGUAGUACAGAGUCCUCCACAGCCUUCAGAGAGAGAAGCUUCCCACGAGACAGAAACUCCUCACAGACUCAUGGAGAGCAGCCACCCAGACCUUCUUAUGGAUCUGCUGAAGCAAAACGUCCUCAGUCUGAACGACGACGACAGAGGAAGCUCAGAACUGAUACUGGAAGAGGAGAAAGUCAGUGAGAAGUCGGAUCAGUCUGAUGCUCCAAACAUCCAGCUGCAGCUGCUGCAGGUGCUUAAGACUGUCUCCUCCAGCCAAGACCUCUCAGUGCUGCAGGAAGUGAUGGAGACUCUGAACUCUGCUCUGGGUGGAGACCCUCAGGAGGAGCGGCGGCACGUACUGGAGAGCAUCGAGGAGGAGAGCUCGGAGGGGGAGGAUGGAGAUGAUGACAAGUCAGAUGCCUGUAAAGUUGAGCAGGUUAAAAAUCAGCUGUUCUCCAUCCAGGAUUAUUUAGAGUGUGUUGGGAGGCUGCAGGAUCACGCUGAUGCUUUAGACGAUGUCAGAAAAGACCUUUCAGUCCAGCCACCAGUGAGCAACAGCAUGGAGGAAAUGCAGAUCCAAGCAGAGGAAUGUCAGACUAUUGAGUCCCAACUCUCUCGACUGGCUGGUGUUCUGACAGCAGAUAUGGAAAAAGCCAAACAGCUCCUGAAUUCUGUUGAUGAGGGCAUUCCUGUACAAAUCCACCAAGAUUUGGCUGCAACAUAUCUGGACCUGGAGCCAAACUUUACUGCUGUUUCCCAAAUGUGCGCAGAAAGGAGUCACUCCCUGAUUCAAGCGAUGGAAACGGGAAAGGAACAGUUGGAAUCAACGUACCAGAAACAUCUCGGUGAUCUUGAAGAACUAGCAGGCCUCAUCCAGAACAGCUCUGAGACGAGCGACGCGGAUUUGAACACGUGUGACGCAGACACACUGAAACAUUUGAUUCAGCAGAACAAGGACACGGAGAACAACCUGCUGAAAGAAGCCAGGCUCAAAUUAGAGGACGCCACUUUUGACAUCCAGUGCUUUAUUUCCGAGCACGCUCAGUUCUUGACCCCGGCUCAGAGCAGCUACCUUCUCAAGUUCCUCAGCACCACUCAGCGAGCAUUCAGGGACCAGACUGAGAGGCUGGUUGCACAGAGGAGUGCCUUACAUGUCCUACUGGCCAACAGAGAGAGGGAAGACCAGGAGAAGUCAUUGCUGGCGAAACACAAGGAGUUUUCAGAGAAGUUGGAGGAAGUGUGUGAUAACCUCACCCUGACAGAAAACCAGCUGAUUGGUCACCAGCAACAGGCUGAAAACGCAGAGAGUGUCACAGACCUGCAGCAGUACCAGCAGGAGCAUCAGGCUCUGCAAAAAGACGUACUGACAAACGCCAGUGCCUUGAAUGAGGUCAUCAGCAGCACUAAAAAGUUUCUGGAGGAAAACCGGAGCAAGCUGACUCCGGAUCAAAUAGCCGCGAUUGAGAGCAAGCUGGAAGAGGCGAAAAGCAAAGCCAAGCUCAUCAACCAGCGGGCGGAGGAGUCCAGGAAAGAUCUGGAGAAGGUCGUUACCACAGCCAUAAAACAGGAGAGCGAAAAGGCAGCAGCUGUUGAGCGCCUCGAAGAAAGUAAGAACAAAAUCGAAGGCCUCCUGGACUGGAUAUCUAACAUAGGGAAUGAAAACGAGAGCGGUCUGGAUCAAACUGACCAUAUAAGCAAAGAGAAUGGAAACCUGCCAGAGGAAACCACAGCCAAGGGACUGAUAGGGGACGAUGACGAUGCCAAUGGAAAUGCUUUGCAGACCCCUGAGAAAGAUUUUGGCAGAGAGACAAGCGGCAAGAACGACGCCUCCCUGGACCUCGAUAAGCAGUACGACAGGGUCAAGGCCCGUCAUCAGGAGAUCCUCUCCCAGCAGCAGGAUCUCAUCAUGGCCACGCAGUCGGCUCAGGCUCUGCUCGACAAGCAAGCCGACGUGCUGUCGCCACAGGAGAAGGAGAAACUCCAGAAGAACAUCCAGGAGCUGAAGGGGCGCUACGAGGCCUCGCUGACCCAGGCCGAGCAGCAGAUGAAGCUGGUGCAGUGCGUCCAGGAGGAGCUGAAGAAGUUCCAGGACGACUGCGAGGAGUUCGAGGGCUGGUUGGACCAGGCCGAGGGUGAGAUGGAGGAGCUGGGAGCUCCCGCCGGCUCCCUCAAUAUCCUCAGUGACAAACUCCAGAGACAGAAAAGCUACUCGGAGGAUGUGAUCUCGCACAAGGGGGACCUUCGCUUCAUCACCAUUUCGGGACAGAAGGUGCUGGAUGUGGCUAAAGCCUGCGGACUGGGUGAUCCUGCGGCCAAGAAUGCUUCUCUGGACGUCGAUACUUCAGGAACUUGUUCUGCCGUCAAGGAUAAGUUGGAUUCAGCAGCCAGUAGAUACAAAACGCUACAUUCACAGUGCAAUCAGCUUGGCAACAACCUGAAAGAUGUGGUCGACAAAUACAAGAAAUACGACGACACGAGCGCCAGUCUUAUGAACUGGCUCAACGGCUCAGAGGAGGAGGCUAGAAAACAGCAGUCGGAGGCCAUAGCAGCUGACCCACAAACACUACAGAAACAGCUAGAGGAGACCAAGGGCCUACAAGGUCAGAUGACGGGACAUCAGACUGCUAUCGACACACUACGCAAAAUAGCUGAGUCUUUGAUAACAUCUGAAGGAGACCUCCUGAGCAACACGGAUGAGAUCCAGGAGACAGUAGAUGACAUCGUUGAGCGCUAUGACAACCUGUCCAAAUCUGUGAGUGAUCGAAAUGAGAAGCUGCAGAUCACCCUCACUCGCUCCAUGAGUGUCCAGGAUGGCUUGGAUGAGAUGAUGGGAUGGAUGGAGGGAGUGGAGGCCAGUGUGAAAGAGAAAGAGCCAAUCCCCCUGGACUCGGCCUCCAUUGGAGACAUCCUCAGCAGAGAAGCCGCGUUAGAACAGGACAUAGCAAGUCGCCAGAGCAGUAUCUCAGCCAUGAAAGCCAAGGUGAAGAAGUUCGUGGAGACGGCGGAUCCCUCGGCUGCUGCCCUCCUGCAGUCAAAGAUGGACGCUCUCUCCCAGCGCUUCUCCGAUGCCUGUGACAAGCACAAGCAGAAAGUCUCCCAACUGGAGCAUCUGAAGGACAAGGUGGAGCAGUUCGAGAGUGUCGCAGAUAAAGUUCAGCAGUUCGUUGUGAAGCGUUCACAAGACCUGCACGAGACGGACGGGCCUGGGAAAACUUUCAAUGAACUGUCUCAGCUAAUGCAGGAUACCAAAGCUGAGAUGGCCGAACACGCCAGUGAUUUGGAGAAGCUUCAGACUCUGUCCAAGGAGCUGUCUGAAAUAAGCCCUGAUGGAAACAAAGCCCAGAUCCAGAGCAAGAUGGACAAUCUCUCAAAUAUUUUCAGCACCUUCAAAGACACUGUCAAAGAAAAGGAAGAGGAGGUUUCAUCCUGUCACGACCAGCUGGGAGAGUUCAGAUCUGCAGCCAGCGCUCUCACCAAGUGGCUAGAGCAGACCAAUGAGAAGGUUCCUGCGGUUCAGCCGAGCAGCAGCGAGAAAACUCUGGAGAAGGACCUGCAGAUAGUCAAUGGAUUAUUAGAUGAAUGGACAUCAGAAGGCCCCGCUGUCCAAGACUUCAACAGUAAAGGAUCAGAACUCUGCAGCCUCAUCACCUUCCUCACAUCCCCUGCCAAGACAAAGACUCCUAAUAAGUCAGCUCUUACUAAUGGUGGUGGUCCAGGGACUCAUUCCUACCUAACAAAUAAAGAGCUGAUGGUAAUACAGCAGAACAUGUCAUUCGUAAACGAGGGAUACGCGAGUCUCGGGGAAACGCUGAAGAGCCGAGCAGCAGAUCUGAGCAGUUCGGUGCAGGAGGUCAAAGAAGCCCAAAAGGAGACAGACGACAUGAUGACAUGGCUGAAAGACAUGAAAAAGACUGCAGCUUCCUGGAACAAAGCUGCCACAGAGAAAGACUCGGUGAAAACACAGCUUGAACAGCAGAAGGUGUUCGAGGAUGACAUGAAGCAAAAGCAGGAGCAGCUCCAGAAGCUCAGAGAGAAGCUCCUCAACUUGAUUAAGACUCAUCCAAACUCCCCCGAGGCAGCAAAGUGGAAGCAGAUGCUGGCUGAAAUAGAUGCUGCCUGGGCUGACAUCAGCGGCUCUGUAGAGGAGAGGAAGCAGCACCUGGAGCAGUCCAACAAGAAUCUGGACAUCUUCCAAACGACUGAGAAGCAGCUCGGUCAGUGGCUUUCAGAGAAAGAGCUGAUGAUGAGUGUCCUUGGCCCCCUCUCCAUAGACCCCAACAUGCUUAAAAUGCAGAAGCAACAAGUUCAGAUCCUCCAGAAUGAAUUCAAGAGCCGUAAACCUCAGUACGAGCAACUCGAGGAGGCCGCCUCUGCCAUCCUGAGUUCUUCGGGCAACCAGGACCUCUCAAGUGGGAAGCUGGUAAGAGAGCAGCUCGCCGGCGUCACCCAGAAGUGGCAAGGCCUCACGGGACAGCUGGACCAGCGAGACAGCCUCAUCGACCAGGCUGCGGUGAAGACAGGUCAGUUUCAGGAGUUACUGAGGAGUCUCAGUCAGACCGCCAGUCAGCUGGAGAAUCAGCUCACCAACCACCAGGGCCAGAGCACUCAGCCCGAUGCUGUGAAGAAGCAGCUGGAGGACGUCCAGAACAUCUCAGGUCAGCUGAGAGAGGAGAGGAAGAGGCUGAAGGAGGCCGAGGCCAUCAACGCAGAGCUCACAGCCAUGGUGACCGAGGACUACCUCAAAGCAGACCUAGCCAGGCAGCUGGAGAGUGUCAGCAAGCCUUUCAAACAGCUGGAAGAGAAAGCAGCGAAACGGAUCGAACAGCUCAACUCGACCUUCGCCAGCUCUCAGCAGUUCCAUCAGACCUCCAAAGACUUCCAGUCGUGGUUAGGUGAGAAGCUCCAGGAACAGUCCAAGCCCCAGCUCAUCUCGGCCAAAGUGGAUGUCCUGCAACAAGCCCUGGAGGAGCACAGUAAGCUCCAGAAGGCUCUGAGUGAACAGGACGAAGCUUACAACACAAUCAUCGGGGAAGGGGAGACGCUGCUGCAGAACACUGAUGGUGCAGAAAAGCUGGCACUACAAGGACAGCUCACCACACUGUCUUCCAACUGGGAUGAGGUGAAGAGGAGCUCUGCGGAGCAGGCUGACAAGCUCCAGACUGCUCUGCAGAGAUCUCUGAAGUAUCAGGAGAGUGCAGAGAAACUCAGCUCUUGGAUUCAAGAGUGUGAAGCCAGCGAGGGCCGAGUCAAACUCACGGUGGAUCCAGUUGCUGUGGAGAGCUCCAUUUCUCAGGUGAAGGCUCUCCAGAAGGAUGUCGACAAGCACAGAGGGAUGGUGGAGCAGCUCAACACGGCUGCAGAUGGCCUUCUCGAGGUGGCCAACACGGACACCGAAGCCGUCAAAGAGGAGAUGGCUAAUAUCGGCAAGAGGGUGGACAAUGUAGCAGAAGGUUUGCUGAGCAAGAGGGAGUGCCUGGAGAAGAUCUCGCACACUGUUAAGGAAUUUAAUGAUGCUUACAAAGAGGCAAAGGGUCAGCUGGAGGGGGCUAAGAAGCAGGUGGACACCUAUGAAUCACAGGGAGUGCAGGCGCACAGCAACAAGAACCUGACCAACAUGAAAGCCCAACAUAAGAGCUUAGAGGGGGUGCAGAACCAAGUAGAACACAUGAAGAACUUAGCCAAGGACCUCGUGGUGGAGGUCCCUGAUGCUGACGGCGUGACAGACCUCUUACUGCAGGCCGACAGCGUAGAAAAAGACUACAGCACCCUUAACAAGAAACUAGAGGACACGUGCCAAGUGUUGGAGGGUAAACUGCAGGGCAUCGGGCAGUUCCAGAACAGCAUCCGUGAGAUGUUCGCCCGUUUCACUGACCUGGAUGAUGAACUGGACAGCAUGGCUCCUGUGGAUCUCGACCUGGCCACGCUCAAAGAACAACAGGAGAGCAUACAGAGCUUCGUGACGAAGCUGCAAGAGCUGAUGGCCAACACGGCCAACGCUGGAGACAGCUGUAAGAAGAUGCUAGAGACUGAGACCUCUCCUGACCUGUUGGGCCUGAAGAGAGAUCUGGAUACUCUGAGUAAGCAGUGUGGUAAACUGUUGGACCGGGCUAAAGGCAGAGAAGUGCAGGUGCAAAGUACUCUGAGUAAACUGGAGGAGUUGUACGGGGAACUGCACCGGGCGGAUGAAAAACUCUGCAGAGCUGUCGACAAGGAGGCGUCUCAGGAGGCAGUCGGCAUGGAGACAGACGUCAUCAACCAACAGCUGGAGGCCUUUAAGGCGUUCCAGAAAGACGACAUUGAUCCAUUGCAGGCGCAGCUCCAAGACAUCAACACGCUUGGCCAGGGUCUGAUACAGACCGCUGCCAAAGGCACCAGCACCAAGAAGCUUGAGGAUGACCUGGAGGCAGUCAACACAAAGUGGAAUACGCUCAAUAAAAAGAUCGCCGAGCGUUCGGCCGAGCUGCACGAAGCACUGCUGCACUGUGGGAGGUUCCAGGAUGCUCUGGAGUCACUGCUCAGCUGGUUGACUGACACGGAGGAGCUCAUGGCCAAUCAAAAACCUCCAUCUGCAGAGUUUAAAGUGGUCAAGGCUCAGAUUCAAGAGCAGAAACUCUUACAGAGACUGCUGGAUGAGCGAAAGCCAACAGUGGAGCUGAUAAAGAAAGAGGGCGGUAAGGUUGCAGAACUGGCAGAGUCUGUGGAUAAGGAGAAGGUUGCAAAAGAGAUCGAAUGCCUGGGGCAGAGGUGGAACGCUCUGCUCAAAAAGGCUGAAAGCAGGCACAAGCAGCUAGAGAGCAUCUUAGUGGUGACUCAGCAGUUCCACGAGACACUCGAGCCGCUGAGCGAGUGGCUCGCGGCCACAGAGAAACACCUCGUCAACUCCGAACCCAUCGGCACCGAGACGUCCAAGCUGGAAGAUCAGAUCUCUCAGCACAAGGCCUUAGAGGAGGAGAUAAUGAAUCACAGUAAAGACCUGUUUCAGGCCGUCAGUCUGGGUCAGAUGCUAAGAACUGUGAGCUCAGUGGACGAUAAGGAGUUUGUUCAGUCAAAGCUGGACGCCACCCAGGGCAGUUACAUCGAGCUCCAGGAGCGGUGCAGGAGGAAAGCUGAGAUGCUUCAGCAAGCUCUGGCAAACGCCCAGCUGUUCGGAGAGGACGAAGUGGCUCUCAUGAACUGGCUGAACGAGGCGCACACCAGGCUGAACGAAGUGUCCGUGGAGGACUACAAUAUAGAUGUUCUUGAAAAGCAGCUGGCAGAACAACGGGCACUGCAAAGGGAUAUUGAGUUGAGGAAGAAGAAUGUCGACCAAGCCAUCUCUAACGGGAUGGAGCUUCUGAAGCAAACGACAGGUGAUGAGGUGAUUGUUAUCCAAGGCAAACUGGACGGAAUAAAAACAAAGUACGCCGAGAUCAACUCCAUGAGCGACACCGUUCUGAAGAAGCUGGAGCAGGUUUUGAGUCUCUCCACCAAGCUGCAACAUACCCACGAGGAUCUGAGCUCCUGGCUAGAGAAAGUGGAGUCUGAGACCAGCACGUUUGCUGAUCAGGAGCCAGUGGGCGAGCAGCUAAUACAGGCACAGAGCAGGCAGAAGGCCUUGUUGAAGGAAACCAAAGACCAGAAGCCAGUGGUGGACAAGCUGAAUGAGUUGAGCAGUUCUCUCCUGGAUCUGAUCCCCUGGCACACGCGUGAGGCUCUGGACAAGCUAGUGACUGAAGAUAAUGAGCGGUACAGAGCCGUCAGCGACACCAUCACCCAGCAGGUCGACCAGAUCAACGCCGACAUACUCAAAUCACAGCAGUUUGAGCAGGCUGCUGACUCUGAGCUCGCCUGGCUGACUGACGCCGAGAGGAAGUUGAUGUCGAUGGGCGAAAUCAGGCUGGAGCAGGACCAAACCACAGCCCAGCUCCAAGCACAGAAGAUCUUCUCCAUGGACAUUAUGAGGCACAAAGAUGCAGUGGAUGAAAUUGUGAAAACAGGAAUGGCCAUCAUGAACAGCAAAAACCCAGAGGAGAAAGAAAUCCUGAAGGCCAAGACUCAAACUCUGUUGGAGAAGUACGGUAUCGUCAGUCAGCUGAACUCGGAGCGCUCUCUGCAGCUGGAGCGAGCCCAGUCUCUGGCCAGUCAGUUCUGGGAGACUUACGAGGAGAUGUGGCCGUGGCUUCAGGAAACCGUGAGCAGCUUCAGCCAGCUGCCUCCACCCGCCAUCGAGUAUGAAACACUCAGGCAGCAGCAGGAGGAGCUCAGGCAAAUGCGCGAGCUGAUCGCUGAGCACAAGCCGCACAUCGACAAGAUGAAUAAGACCGGGCCUCAGUUGCUUGAACUCAGCCCAGAGGAGGGAGUGCCCAUCAGAGAGAAGUACACAGCCACAGACCAGCUGUACACCAAACUCAAGGCGGACGUCAAGCAGAGAGCUGCGACUCUGGAUGAGGCCAUCUCCAAAUCCACUCAGUUCCAUGACAAAAUUGACCCGAUGCUGGAGUCCCUGGAGAGGAUCGCUGAACGCCUGCGGCAGCCUCCGUCUAUCUCAGUGGAGGUGGACAAGAUCAAGGAGCAGAUCUCUGAAAAUAAGGCCGUCUCUGUGGAUCUGGAGAAACUGCAGCCAUCUUACGAGACACUGAGGCAGCGAGGCGAGGAGAUGAUAGCGCGCUCUGAAGGAGCAGACAAGGACAUAUCAGCCAAAGCUGUACAAGACAAACUGGACCAGAUGGUCUUCCUCUGGAGUGACAUCCAGGCCUUGCUGGAAGAGCGAGAGGCAAAGCUGCUGGAUGUGAUGGACCUGGCAGACAAGUUCUGGUGCGACCACUGUGCGCUCAUCGUCACCAUCAAAGACAGCCAGGACCUGCUGAGAGAGCUGGAGGAGCCCGGAGUCGACCCAUCGGUCGUCAAACAGCAGCAGGAGUUUGUGGAGGGAUUUAAGGAGGAGAUCGACGGGCUGCAGGAAGAGCUUGAUGUGGUUCGAAACCAGGGUGCAGAGCUCAUGACCGCCUGCGGGGAGCCUGAUAAACCUGUGAUAAAGAAAAGUAUCGAUGAGGUGAAUUCAGCGUGGGAGAAUCUCAAUAAGACCUGGAAGGAGAGAGUAGAGAGACUGGAUGAAGCCAUGCAGGCUGCUGUGCAGUUUCAGGAUGGCCUGCAGGGUAUGUUUGACUGGGUGGAUAUUCUGGAGAGCAAACUGGAUUCAAUGUCACCUGUAGGCACAGACCUGGAAACUGUCAAGCAGCAGAUUGUCGAGCUCAAGGAGUUCAAAGGAGAGGCUUACCAGCUGCAGAUAGAAAUGGAGCGCCUCAACCACCAGUCAGGCCUCCUGCUGAAGAAGGUGACGGAGGAGGCAGAUCGCUGCGCCAUCCAGGAGCCAAUGUCUGAGCUCAAGAUGCUCUGGGAGAACCUGGAUGAGAAGAUCAUCAGCCGACAGCACAAACUGGAGGGAGGCCUCCUGGCACUGGGCCAGUUCCAGCACGCACUGGACGAGCUGCUGGCCUGGAUGAGCCACACCGAGGAGCUUCUCGCUGAGCAGAGAAAGGCUGGAGGGGACCCCAAAGCCAUCGAGAUAGAGCUCGCCAAGCAUCAUGUUCUCCAAAAUGACGUGUUGGCUCACAAGGCAACAGUUGAGACGGUUAAUAAAGCCGGCAAUGAUCUGGUGGAAUCCACCGCUGGAGAAGAAGCUUCCAGUCUGAAGAGCAAACUGGAGAACCUGGACCAGCGGUGGAAAGGUAUCCUGGAGAAGACAGCGCAGAGGAAGCAACAACUGGAGAGUGCUCUGAUUCAGGCCCAAGGUUUCCAUGGUGAGAUAGAAGAUAUGCAGCAAUGGCUGAAAGACACAGAGCGUCAGCUGUUGGCAUCAAAGGCUGUGGGAGGCUUACCAGACACGGCCCGGGAGCAGCUUAACGCCCAUCUGGAGUUGUGUUCUGCUUUCGAGGCCAAGGAGGAGCUGUAUCAGGAGCUGGUGAACAAGGGUCACCAGCUGCUCGCCGUGUCGCCCGAGGGUCCAGACAGCAACACGGAGCAGGACCUCGCCAACCUGAAGGACAAAUGGGGAGCCGUGCAGGGGAAAGUCGCUGAGAGAAAGGUGAAACUGGAAGAAGCCUUGACGCUGGCGACAGAUUUCCACAACUCGCUGCAGGACUUCAUCAACUGGUUAACCCAAGCGGAGCAGACACUGAACAUGGUUUCUCCCGCCUCGCUCAUACUGGAGACCAUCAUGUUUCAGAUUGAUGAGCAUAAGAUGUUUGUGACAGAGGUGAACUCCCACAGGGACCACAUCAUCGAACUAGACAAGACAGGAACACACUUGAAGUACUUCAGCCAGAAACAGGAUGUGGUCCUCAUCAAGAACCUGCUGCUCAGUGUGCAGGGCCGCUGGGAGAAGCUGGUGCAGCGCUCCGUCGAGCGAGGCCGUCUGCUGGACGACGCCAGGAAGAGAGCCAAACAGUUCCACGAAACUUGGAACAAACUGAUGGAAUGGCUGGACGAAUCUGAGAAGACUUUGGACUCAGAAGUGGAAAUUGCCAACGACCCGGACAAAAUCAAGACACAGCUGGCGCAGCACAAGGAGUUCCAAAAAGCUGUGGGCAGCAAGCACUCAGUGUAUGACACCACAACACGAACGGGACGGGCCCUUAAAGAUAAAACCUCCCUUCAGGAUGAUAAUCAGAAGCUGGACGACAUGCUGAGCGAACUGAGGGACAGAUGGGACACUGUCUGUGGCAAGUCAGUGGAAAGACAAAACAAGCUAGAGGAGGCCCUGUUGUUUUCCGGCCAGUUUACAGACGCUCUCCAGGCUCUCAUUGACUGGCUGUACAGAGUGGAACCUCAGCUGGCUGAGGACCAGCCCGUGCAUGGAGACAUAGACCUGGUUCUCAACCUGAUAGACAACCACAAGGUUUUCCAGAAAGAGCUGGGAAAGAGGACCGUAAGCGUUCAGGCCCUCAAACGUUCAGCCAAGGAGCUGAUUGAGAGCAGCCACGAUGACUCGUCCUGGGUCAAAGUCCAGAUGCAGGAGCUGAGCACUCGCUGGGAGACGGUGUGCAACCUGUCUGUGUCCAAACAGGCCCGGCUGGAGCAGGCGCUGUGUCAGGCUGAGGAGUUUCACUCGACUGUUCACAUCCUGCUGGAGUGGCUGGCCGAGGCAGAGCAGAGUUUGCGUUUCCAUGGCAGCCUGCCUGAUGAUGAGGAAGCUCUGCAGGCACUUAUCGAACAACACAAGGAGUUCAUGAAGAAACUGGAAGAAAAGCGAGUGGCUCUAAAUAAAGCAACCAGUAUGGGAGAGGCUAUUCUGACCAUCUGCCAUCCAGACUCUAUCACGACCAUCAAACACUGGAACACCAUCAUUAAGGCCCGGUUCGAAGAGGUGCAGGCUUGGGCCAGGCAGCACCAGCAGCGACUGGCCACGGCCCUCACUGAGCUGCUAGCCAUUCAGGAGCUGCUGGAGAAUCUGCUCACCUGGCUGCAGUGGGCUGAGACCAACCUCAACGAUAAGGACAAGGAGGCGCUGCCACAGGAGAUCGAGGAGGUCAAAAGCCUCAUAGCAGAACACCAGGCAUUCAUGGAGGAAAUGACCAGGAAGCAACCCGAUGUUGACAAAAUCACCAAGACACACAAAAGAAAAGCUGCAGUGGAGCCCCCAAACCAGUCGCAGAUCCCCGUGCUUGGCAAAGGAAGAACAGGAAGAAAACGUUCUCCCACGCAAACCAUGUAUGCGUCAGCAACGCAAGCUCCCAUUGAGACCAAGAACCCUCGGGUUAACCUGCUGGUCACCAAGUGGCAACACGUGUGGCUGCUGGCUCUGGACAGAAGGAGGAAGCUCAAUGAUGCCAUGGACAGGCUGGAGGAGCUGAAAGAAUUUGCCAACUUUGACUUCGAUGUGUGGCGGAAGCGCUACAUGCGCUGGAUGAACCAUAAAAAGUCUCGCGUUAUGGACUUCUUCCGCCGCAUUGACAAAGAUCAAGAUGGCAAGGUGACCCGACAGGAGUUUAUAGAAGGCAUUCUCUCCUCCAAAUUCCCCACCAGUCGUCUGGAGAUGAGCGCUGUGGCAGACAUAUUUGACAGAGACGGUGACGGCUACAUUGACUACUAUGAGUUUGUGGCAGCUCUUCAUCCCAACAAGGACGCUUACAAACCACUAACAGAUGCUGACAAAAUUGAGGAUGAGGUUACACGUCAAGUAGCAAAAUGCAAAUGUCCAAAACGAUUCCAAGUGGAGCAAAUUGGUGCCAACAAAUACCGGUUCUACCUUGGAAACCAGUUUGGAGACUCUCAGCAGCUUCGUCUUGUACGGAUUUUACGCAGCACUGUGAUGGUGCGAGUGGGCGGAGGCUGGAUGGCCCUGGAUGAGUUCUUGGUGAAGAACGACCCCUGUCGAGCUAAAGGCAGGACCAACAUGGAGCUGCGGGAGAAGUUCAUCCUCCCGGAGGGAACCACUCAGGUGAUGGCGAGCUUCCGCUACCGAGGACGGAGGUCUCGGCCGUCGUCCAGAGGAGCUUCUCCCAACAGAUCCACCUCCAGUCAGAGCUGUCCGGUCCCGUCUCACCAAGCAGCGGCCAGUACUGCCAAGACUCCCCAACACAUAACCCGCAAUUAUGAUAAGCCCUGGCUUACAAACAGCAAACCCUCCACUCCUCUUAAAUCAUCAGACUCCUUUGGGAGCCAAGGUUCAUCGUCAGAGGGCACACCAGUUCAAGGCAGCAAAUUACGACUUCCUGGGUACUUGUCAGGAAAAGGCUUUCAGUCGGGUGAAGAGGGAAGCUUGAUCAGUGCUGCCGUACUGAAAGCUCGGACACAGACACUAGGUGAGUCGCGAAAAAAUUCCAGCCGACCUGGAAGUAAAGCUGGGAGCAGAGGGAGCAGUCGCAGAGGAAGCGACGCCUCUGACUUUGACAUCUCGGACAUCCAGUCUGUGUGCUCGGAUGCGUCUGAGACAGUCGGUGACUCGUCCCGAGUGACGCCGCGCUCUUCGUCCCGUCAGCGCGGAGGAAAACCCUCUAAGAUCCCCACUCCUCAGAGAAGAACCACUCCCACGAGCAAACUGGCCAAGGGAUCUAAGCGAUAGUCAGUGGCCUUGAAAACACACAACCCAGGAGCUAGUUGCACCCCAAACACGUAACGGACACUGGAGAUAUCUAACUUAAAAGACUGCAAAUGUGUUGAGUGUUAUUUAAAUCGUUGCGAAGAUGUAAAAUAUUCAGUUGAGAGGCAAUAUGGUUUAAUAUUAUGUGAGAAUGGAAUGUCAAUGGCCUUGUGUAUUUGUUUUUAAUGUAUUUUAUUUUUUGUGAAAAAUGUCAAAUUGUUUUUAUUGUAUUUUAUUUUAUUGAUGCAAAACCUGUAGAGGUUUGACGAACACUAGAAAAACUUGGGAAUGACUAUGUUGUACGGUUAGCUAACAUUUCUAAACACACUAAUGAAGGGCAACACGCAGGAUAGCGCUCUGAGAGUUACUGAAUGUACUGUAAUUUAUGUUUGCUGAAGUUUGGAGUAGAUGGUGCAUUAUGGUACCAUUGGAGGCACUGCAAUUAUCUAUUUAAGUGCUAUGAUAUACUGCCAACAUGCAUUUAAAGGGCAAUGCAAUAUUAUAACAAUGAAUCCCCAGUAAGCACUGCAGAAACCUUUGAAAAACACUAUUUAAGGCAAGUAGCAGAAACCUCGUAAUCAUGAAGCUUUUAAGUCCUGUUUGUUUGUGAGCAGCUGCAAUCCCUGUUUUGUUUGACCACUUCACAGCAGUGUGCGCAUUGACCUUUAAGAGGUGCCACUCCAUGUAGACAUUCUCUUGUGCAUAUAUGUCAAUGUAUGGUUAAUUUCGGUAGAGCUGAAAUUGUUACUGUAACAUUACUUUGUAAUAAACCUGCUUGCAGAAAAACACCAGAACCUGGUGUGGACC